AUUCAUGGCUGUCUCUGUGAAACACUAGGCAGUUCACUGGGAGCUGCUGACUGGUGAAGCAGCCUCACACAGAUGUGGUGUUAACUGUUGGAGGAAUGAAGUAGAGAGGAAGAGGGAGAUUGUGGGCAGCAGCAGUAACCUGGAGGUCGGUGCAGUGAUCUGAGCGUGGAAUGAGGAGCAGGAACUCUUGUUACUGUGCAGGAUGAUUGAGGAGUGUGGGAGAAGAGCGAAGACCAUGGCCGAGAAGAGGCAGUUAUUUAUGGAUAUGAGGGCCCAAAAUUAUGAUGUAAUCAGGCUUUCGACCUAUCGGACAGCAUGCAAGCUGCGAUUCGUGCAGAAACGAUGCAAUCUCCACCUUGUUGAUAUAUGGAACUUAAUUGAAGCUUUUCGGGACAAUGGCCUCAACUCCUUGGACCAUAGCACAGAAAUUAAUGUAUCUCGGUUAGAGACUAUCAUUUCAUCAAUCUACUAUCAGCUGAAUAAACGCCUUCCUACCACCCAUCAAAUCAGCGUGGAACAGUCUAUCAGCCUGCUCCUCAACUUUGUGAUAGCAGCAUAUGACAGUGAAGGUCACGGGAAGUUGACAGUAUUUUCGGUCAAGGCUAUGCUGGCGACAAUGUGUGGUGGAAAGAUCCUGGACAAACUCCGGUAUACUUUCUCACAGAUAUCAGAUUCUAAUGGAAUAAUGAUGUAUGUAAAGUUUGACCAGUUUCUCCGAGAAGUGUUAAAGUUGCCCACAGCUGUGUUUGAGGGACCAUCCUUUGGUUACACAGAGCACUCAGUACGGACCUGCUUCCCACAACAGAAGAAAAUUACCUUAAAUAUAUUUUUGGACACAAUGCUGGCUGACCCUCCCCCACAGUGCCUGGUCUGGUUACCACUUAUGCACAGACUCGCCAAUGUGGAAAAUGUGUUCCAUCCAGUCGAGUGCUCAUACUGUCGCAGUGAAAGCAUGAUGGGUUUCCGCUACCGAUGCCAGCAAUGUCACAACUACCAACUUUGUCAGACCUGCUUUUGGCGGGGUUAUGCAAGUGGCUCCCAUAGCAACCAGCACCAAAUGAAGGAACACUCUUCCUGGAAAUCACCGGCAAAGAAGUUGGGCCAUGCAAUUAGUAAGUCCCUUGGAUGUGUUCCAAGUCGGGAACCACCUCAUCCUAUAUACCCUGAGAUGCCAGAGAAGCCUCUCGAUUUGGCCCACAUAGUCCCCCAACAACGUUCAAUGCCAAACAUGAAUGAUACAGUGGUGUCCCACUCAGUCUUGUCCUCUGGAGCACCUACUCCUACUAAAAGGUUACAGUACGGCAUGGAAACAGCCAAUCGGCUUGCUGAUGAGCACGAUCUGAUAGCAGUCUAUGUGAGCCGACUGCAGAAUGACACACGUGUUUUGGACAGUCCAAGCAGGCUGGAUGAGGAACACAGGCUGAUCGCUCGGUACGCUGCCCGACUCGCUGCAGAAGCUGGAAACACACAGCGUUCAACAUCUGAAGUGGCUUUCAACUUUGACGCCAACAAGCAGCAGCGCCAGUUAAUUGCAGAAUUGGAAAAUAAAAACAGGGAAAUCCUUCAAGAAAUCCAGCGUCUCCGGUUAGAGCACGAGCAGGCCUCGCAACCAACCCCAGAGAAAGCCCAACAGAACCCCACCCUCUUGGCUGAACUCCGGCUACUUCGGCAAAGAAAAGACGAGCUGGAGCAGCGGAUGUCAGCCUUACAGGAGAGUCGUCGUGAGCUGAUGGUGCAGCUUGAAGGAUUAAUGAAGCUGCUGAAGGCUCAAGCAGCUGGCUCUCCUCAUUCAUCACCCAGCCAUAGUGCCAGUCGUUCCAUGCCAAUGCCAGUCAGAUCCACGUCUGCUUGCUCCACACCGACUCAUGGACCUCAAGACUCGCUAUCUGGAGUUGGAGGGGAUGUGCAGGAAGCGUUUGCACAGGGAGCUGGCAGAAACCUCCGAAAUGAUUUGCUGGUGGCAGCUGACUCCAUUACAAACACAAUGUCCUCGCUGCUCAAGGAGCUCCAUUCAGCAGAUGAAGGGUGUGAGGAUGAGGAAGAAGCAGGGAAACUGCAGAAUGGAAAAGAAAGGAGUUAAAGUGGAAUAUGGAAGGUGUAAAAUAACUCAAGCACAGUGACUAUACAAAGAAACCAAUCAUACUUGACUCUGUUCAUCCAUUUGAACCAUCCUUCCCUCAGCUGUUGAAGACAUCAUUAUGUGAAUGUAAAAGACAACAAAAACUGAAACAGCCUUUUUCUGAAAAAAUGAACAUUUUUGCUGUGCUCAUUGAAGGGCUUUGGCACAGGAACACACUCAUACUUAUUUCUAGAUCCAUGCAUGCUUUAUUUUCACCGUGAGCAAAUUCUUCCUGUUUUCAUCAUUACAAAUUUGUUGUGAG